CGCAAGAUUCUCGAAUUUUGUUGUUGGCCAAGGACGCGCGGUGGAGCUCGCCGCGAUGGAAAACGAUCCAUAUGCACAAGAAGAAGAGAUGGAGCGUGAAGCCCUCAUGCGUGCGUCCUUCCAGCCCAUGAAAAAGUGGUAUGCCGACCACCCCGAACAUUCUGAGACGUAUGGACCGUUCCCGUUGUUUUGGCAAGAUUUGAAGACGUGGGGUCCUCAUCGCGACGUUCAACGCUUGUUUCUCAAAGCUACCGAAACGGCCAGUGACAGUCAGAAGGCGAGCCCCGAAGACGGUGGUGAUAGUGGUGCCAAGCCUGAGCAACCCAUUGAGGAAGAUGCAGCAGCCAAGGGAAAACGUCGUCGGAAAAGCAAAUGGGAUCAGGACGGCGAUGAACCAUCAAAUGAAACCCCCACGACCAUAAAUGCGACGGCACCUGCGCGAAAGAGUCGCUGGGGCGCUGCCGUGGAGUCGAACGAAACAGAAGAAGCACCUCCAGCAGCCCCCAAGAAGAAGAGCCGAUGGGCGCCAGUCGGAUCGUCAGCCGAUGGACCAGCAGUAAUGUCCGCUGCCGAACAGCAAUCGAUCGUGUUGCGGGCAAAGCUAGAUGCUCUUGCGUUGAAAAUGGCGACAGUGGUGCAGGACGCUGCGAUUAUAUCCAAGGAUCCGAAUCGAUCUCCGUCACCUCCCCCAGUCUACGACUCGAUGGGGAAGAAGCUGAACACGAGAGAGGCGCGCAUGCGCGCGGCAUACGAAAGCCAGCGCAUGGAUAUCAUCGGUCAGUUGGUCCAGGUGAACCCGCUUUUCAAGCCACCGCCAGAGUACUUGCGCGCGCGGCUGCAGCGGAAGCUCCCAAUUCCGCACAAGGAGUACCCCACUUAUAACUUCAUUGGGCUUAUCAUUGGACCGCGCGGGAACACUCAAAAGCGCAUGGAAAAGGAAUUCAAUUGCCGCAUCGCGAUUCGAGGACGGGGAAGCGUCAAAGAAGGCUCCAAGGGCAAGAAAAUGAUGUCGGACGACCACGAAGAGCUCCAUGUCCUGAUCACAGGCGACCGCGAAGAAGACAUUGAGCGUGCAGCAAAGGAAGUGGCCCGUUUGUUGGAGCCCAUUGAUGACACGAACAAUGCCCACAAGCAAAAGCAACUGCGCGAACUGGCACUAAUCAACGGGACCCUGCGAGACGACGACUACUGCCAUAUUUGUGGGGAGAAGGGCCAUCGGCAAUGGGAGUGUCCGAAUCGUGAUAAGGCGUUCAAACCAGUUGACGUGCGCUGCGCAAUCUGCGGGGACACGAGCCAUCCCACGAGCGAUUGUACCCAAAAGGGCGGCGAAGACAAAGCCGUCAUCGACAAGGAGUACUUGUCCUUUAUGGAGCAAUUGGGCGAAUCCAAACCAAACGUUAUUUCAACGGCGACAAUUACCGCGACCACCACCACAGAAACCCCGCCGGCGACGACCCAAGCGACCGCGCAGGGCUGGAAUGGGGCCGCCACUGUUACACCAGUUGCGAUUGGGACGACGCCCGAAACAGCAUUCCCUCCCCCCACUGCUGCCACGGCCGCAGUAGCCGUGGGUUACGGCGGGUACUACAGCCAACAAGCCCAAUGGGAUCCAGUUUCACAGCAAUGGGUCGCGCCUGCCGCCGCUGCUGUGUCCCCUGAAAUUGCCGCCUACUACGCCCAGUACUUCGCCGCUGGCUGGACGCUGCAGCAUGGGGUAUGGUACGAUGCAACUGGAACUCCACAAGGAUAUGCCCAAGAAGUGCCGCAGGGGUAUGCCCACGAGCAGUACCAACAACAGCAGCCAGAAACGAGUGACCAAAAGCCCACCGACGCCCAGCACUUCAUGAAUACCAUGAGUAAUUGAGGGGCUAUUCGUAGUACAUGGCUGUUUGAAAUGUCAGCGAUAAACGCACUUCCAAACUUUGCCCGCCACCGAGGUAGUGGAAGCGGCGAAUUUUUCUGUAUCACUUUGAUGCUUUACAGUGUCAUUUUGGAUUGAUCCGACCCCACGUCGUUGGAUUUUCUCUUAAAAAUGUGUCAAAAAAUUGCUGGUUGGUG